AACUCGCUGGAAGAUCGGCCCCGGGCAGCUCAACAGUUCGCAAAGUCCCGGCUCGCGGCGGCGCGGCUCCGUCUGAGCUCGGGCGGCGCAGGAGCGCGGCGGGCCCCGGACUGCUGCAGCCCCGGACAUGCCCCGCAGCCCCUCGCGGACGCCCGCGCGGCUCCACCGGCUGCGGUUCGGGGGGCUCUGGGACUAGAGCGCCCCCCACCCCAACUUAUGACUUUGGGGUCCCCCAGCCCGAGAGGAACGGGCGGCCCGGCUGGGGGAGCCCCGGGCAUGGUGUGACGGGGCGGUCAGCUUUGCUGCGCCCCCCACUCCGGACACCCGCCGUGUCUGUGCCGUCCAGAAUGUAGCGGCUCUCUCCGCGUCCCUCCCCUCCCCCCCGGACUCCAGCCGCAGUCUCCGCGACCUCCGGGCUCCAGCCGCCAACUCCUUGUCCCCCAGGACCCUGUCGCCGUCUCCGCUUUGCCCGGACUCCGGCCGCCGUCUCCGUGUCCUCCCGACUCCAGCCGCCGUCUCUGCGCCCCUCGGACUCCAGGAUCGCGACCCCUCCGUCUUCCCGCGCCCGGGACUCCGGCGGCGGUCUCCACGAUCCACCCCCCUCCCCCGAGAUUCUGCCACUGUUUCCUCGCCCCCCCCCAACCCCAGACUCCGGCCGCGGUCUCCGCGCCCCCCCGCCCCCCCCGGACUCCGGCUGUCGCGCCAGUGCCGGCGAGCGCAGCAGCUGCCCCUCCGCGCGCCCCGGGCCUCGGCGGGGAGAUGAACGCGCAGCUGGACGGCCUGUCGGUGAGCUCGUCCUCCACCGGCUCGCUGGGCUUGGCGGCCGGGGCGGGCGGCGGCGGGGGCACGGGGCUGCGGCUGCUGUCGGCCAACGUGCGCCAGCUGCACCAGGCGCUGACGGCGCUGCUGAGCGAGGCGGAGCGGGAGCAGUUCACGCACUGCCUGAACGCCUACCACGCGCGCCGCAACGUCUUCGACCUGGUGCGCACCCUGCGCGUGCUGCUGGACAGCCCGGUCAAGCGGCGCCUGCUGCCCAUGCUGCGCCUGGUCAUCCCGCGCUCCGACCAGCUGCUCUUCGACCAGUACACGGCCGAGGGCCUCUACCUGCCCGCCACCACCCCCUACCGGCAGCCCGCCUGGGGCGGCCCCGACGGCGCGGGGCCCGGGGAGGUGCGCCUGGUGAGCCUGCGGCGCGCCAAGGCCCACGAGGGCUUGGGCUUCAGCAUCCGCGGGGGCUCGGAGCAUGGCGUGGGCAUCUAUGUGUCGCUGGUGGAGCCAGGCUCUCUGGCCGAGAAGGAAGGGCUGCGAGUCGGGGACCAGAUUCUGCGUGUCAACGACAAAUCCCUGGCCCGGGUGACCCACGCUGAGGCUGUCAAGGCUCUGAAGGGCUCAAAGAAGCUGGUGCUGUCUGUGUGCUCAGCAGGGCGCAUCCCUAGGGGCUACGUCACCAACCACAUCUACACCUGGGUGGACCCACAGGGCCGCAGCAUCUCCCCGCCCUCAGGCCUGCCCCAGACCCACGGCAACACCCUGAGGCAGCGCGAGGGGGACCCGAGGAGCACCCUGCAUCUCCUGCAAGGCGGGGAUGAGAAAAAGGUGAACCUGGUGCUGGGGGACGGCCGGUCCCUGGGUCUCACAAUCCGCGGGGGAGCCGAGUACGGCCUGGGCAUUUACGUCACUGGCGUGGACCUGGGCUCAGAAGCAGAAAGCAGUGGACUCAAGGUUGGGGACCAGAUUCUGGAGGUGAAUGGGCGGAGCUUUCUCAACAUCCUGCACGACGAGGCGGUCAAGCUGCUCAAGUCUUCGCAGCACCUCAUCCUGACGGUGAAGGACGUCGGGAGGCUGCCCCACGCCCGCACCACUGUGGACGAGACCAAGUGGAUUGCCAGUUCCCGGAUUGGGGACACCAGCACGAACUCGGCAGGGUUUCCUGGGGAUCUUCCCACGGAAGGGACAAACAAGCUGGGGUUCUACAAGGGGCCCGCGGGCUCCCAGGUGACGCUGAGCAGCCUGGGGAACCAGACACGCCUGCUGCUGGAGGAGAAGGCGCGCCACCUGCUGACGGAGCAGGAGUGCGCCACCAUGGCCUACUACCUGGAGGAAUACCGCGGCGGCAGCAUCUCUGUGGAGGCCCUGGCCAUGGCCCUGUUUGAGCUGCUCAACACCCACGGCAAGUUCUCGCUCCUGUCUGAGGUGAGAGGCACCAUCUUCCCCCAAGACCUGGACCGCUUCGACCACCUGGUGCUGAGGCGGGAGAUCGAGUCCAUGAAGGCACGGCAGCCCCCAGGCCCCAGGGCCGGGGACACCUACUCCAUGGUCUCCUACAGCGACAUGGGCUCAUCGACAGGCAGCCAUGGCACCUCCACCACCGUGAGCUCGGCCAGGAACACUCUGGACCUGGAGGAAACUGGUGAGGUUGUCCAGGGCAAUAUGAACACCCUCCCAGAUGUUUCCCUGGACGAUGUGAAAGCCUCCGAGGCGCUGCCGAGCUCCAAGCCGCCGCCUCCCCCACCGCCUCUGUCCCAAGGCCACAACAGGCCGCCCGCCCAGCCGAGGAAGCCGGGGAAAGAGGACCUCCAGCCACCGUCCUCCGCGUCUUCCCACUCGGGCAUCGUCUUCUCGGCCCCCAGGAACCGCAGCCCAGCGGCGGGCACCGCGCCUGCCCCGGGGGCCGCCUCAGCACAAGACUCGCCCUCCUCCCCCAUCUAUGCCUCUGUCCCCCCUGCCAAGCCCGGCUCUAAGAGACCGCUGGACGCCCACCUGGCCCUGGUCAGCCAGCACCGCAUCGGCCCCUUCCCGCGAGUCCAGUCGCCCCCGCACCUGAAGAGCCCCCCUGCAGAGGGUGACUGCCUCCCGCCACCCUCCCCCUCCGGCCAGCCCGACGCGGCGGGCACAAACCAGCACUUUGUCAUGGUGGAGGUGCACCAGCCCGACAGCGAGCCGGACGUGAACGAAGUGAGGGCGCUGCCCCAGGCGCGCACAGGCUCCACACUCUCCCAGCUCUCGGACAGCGGGCAGACCCUGAGCGAGGACAGCGGUGUGGACGCCGGUGAGGCAGAAGCCAGCGCCCCGGGCCGAGGCAGACAGACGGCACCCACCAAGAGUAGGAGUAGCAAGGAGCCACCUCGGGACGAGAGGACCACAGAGGGGGCUGCCAAACCGCCUGGACUCCUGGAGCCCAUGUCCACCCUGGUCCGCGUGAAGAAAAGCGCGGCCACCCUGGGCAUUGCCAUCGAGGGUGGUGCCAACACCCGCCAGCCCCUGCCUCGGAUCGUCACGAUUCAGCGAGGUGGUUCAGCCCACAACUGUGGGCAGCUCAAGGUGGGCCACGUGAUCCUGGAAGUGAACGGGCGGACACUUCGGGGCAAGGAGCAUCGGGAGGCGGCGCGCGUCAUCGCGGAGGCCUUCAAGACCAAGGAGCGAGACUACGUCGACUUUCUGGUCACCGAGUUCAAUGUGAUGCUCUAGAGGCGGAGGCCCGGAGGCCUCCCACUAUUGCCCAGUCCCCGGCCCCGGCCCCUCCUCCCUCCUGGCACUGUUAAGCUCCUUGAGGGCCCGAGCUGCAUAGCCAGGGAGCAAGAAGACGUCCCCCGACUCUUUCCCGGCCCACUGGCCCGGAACCAGGAGAAGAAAGCCGGGGGAGGCAAACAGAAGGUCAGGUCGGGAUCUGGUGCCAUGCGUGGGGUACACGGUAGGCGCUCAGUAUAAGCAGUGGGUGUCAGGAAGGAGAGAAAGUCCACCUGAGGCCUGCCAGGGCCUGUUCCCCUGGGUUGGGGAGGGGCACUGGUCCCCGUUCCCCCGCCAGCUAGGACCUGGCCCAUCCUCCAGAUGUCUGAGCCUUUAUGUGGAGUGAGGCCACGCGAGAAUUCGUGGACACGGCCCCCAGCCCAGGGGGCAUCUCGAAGGACCUAUAGUGCCACAAAUAAGCAUCAAGCACCCCCCCCCAUUCACACCCCCAUUCUUCCUGGCUCCUCAUCCCCCCAUAGUAUUUAUUAUUUAUUUCCCUCUCCUCACCCCUGGGGACCCCAAGACCCCAGCUUCCCACCCCGUGCCCAGCCUAACCCAGAGGCCUUGCAGGGGACGAGUGAUGUCAGUGUAUUUAUAUACAGAGCUUAUGUCUUUAAUUUUUCAAUAAAGAAACCUGAACAAGGUUAGGGUCCAGCGUGCUGUGU